ACUCGUCCGCAGGUUAGAGUCUGAGGCGGGCGCGGUGCGGACAGGUGUGCGCUCGCAGACCCACGCACCGGGUUGUCUGGUGGCGCUGAUGCGGGCUGCGGGGAGGAGGGAAGCGGCUGCACGGCCACGGAGCCUCCGCCACCGCAGCUCUGGAUCUGGAUCACCACAACUUUUCUGUGCGUCUUUCUCCCCCCUCCCCGUCACCUGGACGCAGAACAUAAAUCUGGCAUCCUAUGCAAAUGUAUGCUGACGUAAAAGAUCAUGUGGUUUUUGUCGUCGAUCCCCCCUAUGAGCAACGAGGAGGCUCUUUCUCUUUUUUUUCUCCCUCCUGCUCUCUACUGUUGUCUUUAGGUUAGCUAUGCUACAAUCUUUACUGUACCCAGCGCUAGCUAUAUGCGCCCCGCACCGCUCCACUCUGGAUAUCUGGGAAUAAAUCAACUUCCAGCCGGCCGCAGCCUGCAGACACACGCCGCUCACAGAUCCUGCAGGAGACUAAUUACCCAGAGUGCCGCUGGGCUGAGGAGCAUCAAGAAGGAGAAGACAGAGAGGAGGACCAACUGUGUUUGGAGGAGGAGGUGGAGCCUGAGAAGAGCUCCUCCCCCUCCGCUGAAGCCCCUCCCCCCUAGAGGAAGUGCACUCGAGCUCCGCUGCCGUCUGUGAUGCCCUCCCAUGACGCCAAGGUCGGUAGCUGACGCUGCCGGUGAGCGGGAGACGCCACUGCACAACCGGUCCUGGGCCGGUGCCGUCGGCUGGUUCUUGCGCAUCCUCUCGCACGCUGGAGACUCCACCUCCGCCCACCCACCAGAAUCCACAACCAACCGCUGAGACCUUCCCCGGUAAGACCCCCCUGAAAACCGUCACACUGACGUCCUCGGCCAGAAGCACCAGCAGCAGCAGCAGCAGCCAAAAACAUCGUCAACCCAAUCAGCGACACCAGCACCGCCAUCGUCACCACCAGCAUCGGCAGCCAUCAUGUCCAGUCGUAGAAAGUCGUCCACCCCCUGCAUGGUCCGGGUUGUCAGCGACGCCCUUGACGAACAGGACGACCCGGAGGAGGUGAUGGAUAUGGAAAUAGUGAUGGGUAACGACAUGGCAGAAAAAGAACUCUCAGAAAUAUCUGAAUCUACAGAAAGCAGUCAAGACAGCCGGCAGGACAAUCUCGAAAAUCCAAAUCUUGAGCCAUUAGAACAAGAGGAGGAGUCUGGUAAAGAUCAACCUCCUGACACUGAAGAUGUAGAAGCGCGAGGGGAGAAGGACGAAGCAGAAUCCGACCCGGCCUCCCAGAAAAAGCAGUCUAAAGGGUACGAGUGCAAAUACUGCCCGUUUUCAACGCAGAACCUGAAUGACUUCAAAGAGCACGUGGACUCCAGCCACCCGAACGUCAUUCUCAAUCCUCUGUACCUCUGCGCUGUCUGCAACUUCAACACCAAGAAGUUUGACUCGCUCACCGAGCACAACGAGAGCCAGCACCCGGGUGAGACCAACUUCAAGUUCAAGAGGAUAAAAAAGAACAAUCAGACUAUCCUAGAGCAGACAAUCGAAGGCAAGAACAAUUCAGCUGAAUACGAACAGACAAAUGAAUCUGGUGAAAGAAACGGUAGCUCCGUGUUUCCAUCGUGCAUAUCGACCACGGUGAAAACUCCGGAUAGUAUUCGGUCGCUCUGUGGUGGUGGUGAACUGAACAGUCAUCUGGAAAACUUCAUCCAGAAGGAUCAAAUCACAGCAGUGAACAUCAAUGGAACGGUCAUCAUCCCCGAACCCACCAUCCUGCAAGGGCUCUCCCAUGUCACACCCAUGCUCCAGCGCCCACCCAACUUUAACUCUGUACCAAAAAUAGCCGUUCCCUUGAACACCACCAAAUACAACCCUUCUCUAGACGACAACCUGACGCUGAUCACCUCCUUUAAUAAGUUCCCUUACCCAACGCACGCCGAGCUGUCGUGGCUUACGGCGGCUUCCAAGCACCCGGAGGAACAGAUCAAGGUCUGGUUCACCACCCAGCGGCUCAAACAAGGCAUCACCUGGUCCCCAGAGGAGGUGGAGGAAGCCAGGAAGAAAAUGUUCAAUGGAUCCAUCCCUCCUGCCCAUCACACAUUCACCGUCCUGCCUACCAGCCCCGUCUCUCAGUCCUCGGUCAAAUCCACCCAGCAGCCUAUUGUCCACACGACGGUCGAGCAUCCAGGUCACGUCCGGGUGACGUCGUCCAAUGGGCUAACAGUCGUCACCACCACGAGCGCUCCAGCCGGCGUCGCCAUUGGCUCCGGUCACGCCCCCAAGCGUUCCCUGCCAACGCACCUCGCGUCGGUUUUUGGUCCAGAGUCUAAGCGUCCCGUCAUGGCAGUCGCCCCCCAUCCUGGCGACCCUAAAGACAAGAUCCUGAUGGCUCCUCCGCCGCCGCCUCCUCCCCAGAAAGACCGCCUCCCGAUGGCUCCACCUCCCGUUCCCAUGGAGAUGAAGAGACCUGUAGCAGUCCCUCUGGCAACCACAGAAAUGAAGAGGCCAUCGGCUGCUGUGCCUUUAAUGCCACCGCCAUCAUCUUCACCUUCUUCGUCAUCCAAAGGGAAGAUUCUCUCGGCGUUAGGAAGCCCCAAAACCAAGCCGGUGGUGUCUCUGCCCUCCAUAGUCUUUCCAGAGUCCUUAACGAGGCCAACAAUUGCGCCAGUGCCGCCGCCUAUCUUUGCCCCUCCGUUUAAAACGUCCUUACUUGUUCCUCGUGCAGCGCCCAUCAUUUCCAAAGAGAAACUCCCCAACGCUCUGACCUUGCCGGCUGCUGAUCUGAACCUGCAGAACUCCCCUCCACUCAUUAACACGCAGAUAAGGAGGCCCCCCAUCAUCCAGUCCAUUCGCGCUCCAGUUAAACAACCAUCCCAGAUUCCAGCGUUCCCUUUGGACGGAAAGAAGCUUAAAGAUCAACCAGGAGUGGAGCUGAAAACCGGCUACACCAGGGGAGACAAGGUGUUGAGUCCUCUGGCCGAGGCCAAUGGGACGUCUCGCAUGGACGGUAAGUGGCUCCAUGACCAGACCUCUCCGACUCGCAACAAUGGACUCAUACACCUGGAUGUUGUGGAGACGCCAGCGGCACCAAAAACUGAUUUUCAACAAAAGUCUAAUGUCCUGACUCAGUUCCCGCUGCUGGAGAGGAUGAAAGGAAAAACGGCAAAACAACUGAAAGUCUUGGAGGAGAACUUCUUGCGGAACAGUUUUCCGUCACACACCGACGUGGACAAUCUGGCGUCCUCCACCCGCCUGUCUCAUCAGGAAAUUGACAGCUGGUUCGCGGAGCGCCGUGCACUUCGCGACAACCUUGAACAAGCCCUCCUCAACUCCAUGGGCACCAAGAGGAUGGGCAUCACCGAGAAGCAGCUGCAUCAACAGCUGAAUGGGAUUCACAAACCAAGCACAGGUGUGGGCCACCUUAAAAGCCCUCCUCCUCCACCUUCUCACGCCCUCUCCAUCAUGGCUACCGGCGCUAUUGCACCUUCCGCCCCCAUCCCCAACUCCUGCUCAGUGCCUCCAGACGGCCGGUCCCUGGCGCUCCUCAAGGACGAUUUUGCUCAAACGCGGUGGCCUUCCCCUGAGGAGAUCAGCCAACUCGAAGGUCGGACAGGGCUGGCUCGCACCGAACUCGCCCGCUGGUUCGGCGGCGGCGGCGGUGGAGGCGCCAUGGAGCUGACGGAACUUUUUCACAACAACGGAGUGAACGGAGGGCAGGGGCCGCCGGUGGGCUCCCCCGAAAACACUCCCGCCAGCAUCAUCCAGCGCUGUCAGGAAGGAGCCCUAACGAACAUCAACAGCAGUAAGAUGCUGGAGGUGGAGUUGGGCUGGUUGAUGGAGCAGCGCACCAACAGCCAACAGCAUGAGGAGCUCCAAGACCGGUUUGUUGGCAGACUGAGGCAGCAGAACGAGCUGAAGAACGGGGGACAGAACGGGGGACAGAACGGGGGAGUCAUGGGAGGAGCGCGGGACGUGUUCGGGAGCUGGCUGGAGGACGGACACUCGAGGAGAGGACGGGACCUCCUCCUGGACCGGGACAGGAAGAUGGCGGAGGACGCGUCUGGGAGGUUGACUGGAUAAACGGUGCAAAUAAGGUUUUUCCUCCACCACACCCCCCCACACUCCGUCCCACCUCCUCCUCCACCUCCUCCCCCGCUGCUGCUGGAAUCACAGAGGAGGAAAAGAAACCGAAGAGAAGACUUUUUGACUAUCAGAUUAUUAUUUUUUCUUUUUAUUGAUUUUUAUCUGGUGAUUGUCGCAUCCCGGCUCACGCACAAAACCUCCUCCCCCCUUCACGGCCUCCCCCCUCCCUCCCUCCUCCCUCCUCCCUCCGUGGGUCUAAAUUACCAGGAAAGUUCAGGGUCUGGACGUGUGAACACAAUCAAAGCCUCCUCUUCCUCCUCCUCCUCCUCCUCCUCCUCCUCCUCCUCCUCCUCGUUUCAGUGUUUCAUAUUUGUGAAGAGCAGCAGAUCUUCAGAUCUUCCCUUUAAAGUCAAACUUUCCCUUAAAGUCCUGGACUCGUCAGCUGAUGAUCAGCUGUAAACUGAUCUCUGCUCAGCCUUAACGUUUCACACUUCGUCUGAGUCCGCCUCCGUUACCCAGCAUGCACCGCUCUCCUCCUCCUGCUCCUUCUUCUUCCGUCUAAAUUAAAGUCCGAGUCGUCUUUUGUCCUGUGAAGUUAUUUAUUAAAGGACGCAGGUAAAAGUCGCGGAGACGUUGAUUAAAACUGAACCGUGACUCGGAUCCAGGUCCUGGUGGUGGAGCGACGUGAGGCGACGUCAGCCGUGUUUCCAAAAAACUGUUUGGAUUUAACUUAGAAAGUUAAAGCGUACGAAGACGUCUUUCAGAUUUUUAGCUGCUUUAUUUAUUAAAAUCAUUUAAUUCAACAGCAGAUAGAGACACGUCCACGUCCGCGUCCACGUCUCAGUCAACGUGACCAGAACGGUUUUAAGCUUUUACACUUAUUUAUUUCAGCUCUGCAGUAAAAACAGGAAAAACGUCCCUGGAGACGACUUCUUCUUCUUCUUCUUCUUCUUCUUCUUCUGUUUUAGUGGCGCUUGGUCAAAACUGAAGAAGAAGAAGAAGAAGAAGAACCAAUCAGCUCCAAUAAAACCACUAAACAGAGUCACUCAGGUCAAAGGCUGCAGACAAACAACAACAACAACAACAAACACUGACGCUGCAACGUUUAAAGGAAGAGAAACGUUUCCUGGAGAGUCAGAGAGUUUAUGGAGACAUUUAACAUCAGGUCAGGAUCAUUGUCUGAGUUUUCAUUCCUCCUGGAAACAUCUCAAUAAAAACCUCUCACAUAUCUGAAGCUGAAACAUCUCUGCUCUCAUGAGGAGUUUGUGUCUAACGUGCAGUGGAAACAUUUUCCCCGUCACCAGGACGUCAUGUGACCAGUUCAUCUUCCUCAACGUGACGAGAAUUUAAGAGAAUUCAGAGAAUCUCAGAACUUUUUCACACCUUUGGAAACACGGCUGCUGUUAUUGAUUUAAAUCUAAAUUAAAAAAGCCCAAAUAUUCCCGUUCACGUCUCUGUAAACGUUUGUAGCCCGGAGCUCAGUUACAUGGAUAAAUGAAACCAGAUAAAUAUUCAUCGCUGUCGGUUUGGAUUCGUUGUAGAGAAUAAAACAUAAUUCACCUCCGUCCCUUUAAGAUGAAUAUUUGUGCAAAGUGUUAUGAAUCUUCCCUUUAACUGAGCCCUUUAAGAGGAAGUUAGACUCUUUAUUUAUUCUUUAUUUACGAAGCUAAACUUUACGAAUGUUCACCGUCAGACCCUGAACGCCCCCCUUUAAGUCUGCAUGGAGCCGGGGGGGGAGGAAGGGGGAGGGGGGGGUGAGAGAGUCAUGGACCGGACAGGAAGGACCGAUGAGGACGAGGAUGAGGACGAGGAUGAUGAGGAUGAGGAUGAGGUGAUGCUGUGCGUGACCUGCGUUGCCGUGGAGACCUGAGGACGAGGACGAGGAGCCUGCAGCAGCCGAGGCCGAGUCUCCGGGCGGAUCUGACGCAAACACACAAACACACAAACAACAAACGCCGAGUGCCAAAGCUGGAUCUGCUGCGUCUCACUACACUUCAGACAACAGAAAAACAGAAAAGAAAAAAGGGUUCUUCUCCUCCUUCUCCUCCUUCUUCUCCUCCUUCUUCUCCUUCUCCUUGGUGUAAAUAGGAUCUAUGUCGGUUUGUUUGUUUAUUAGUUUGUUUUUUCCUGUAUUGCUACAGAUUUGUACAAUUUUGCGAGAAGAUUUUUUUUUUUGUUACAUUUUGUAAAAUGGGAGCAAACACGUCCCCUUUUCCUCCUCCUCCUCCUCCUCCUCCUCCUCCUACUACUUUUUUCUUUCUUCUCUCCUUCCCUCUUUAUUUCUCUUUUUUUUCGUCGACAGACUUUUUAAAAUCACGGUGCCAGCAGUGUCCCUGUGUUUUUUUUGUACUGACCCAGAGUGGAACCACUACAAAACAAACCAAAAAAAACAGAAAAACAGAAAAACAGAGAGGAAAAGAUGACGGACCGUUUGGCGAAACUUCAGUCGUCUUCUUCUUCUUCUUCUUCUUCUCCUUCUCACCGGCACUGGACUUCCGCCCGCCACUUCCCUGCUGAGAGGAGGAGGAGGAGGAGGGAGGAGGGGGAGGAAGGGGGGAGGAGGGUGAGGAGGAGGGGGGAGACUUCGCUUCACAUCAAAUCAGAUUAAACAAAAAAAAAAAAAAGCGAAACACACAAAAAAGCACCUUUGGACCUUUUAUUUCUUUUUUUACUGUGCUGAAGUGAAGUCAAGUGCUAUUAUUAUAUUAUUAUUAUAUUAUUAUAUUAUUAUUAUCGUAGCCACUCUGUCUGGAUCCUUUUUUGAAGAAAAAGUUAAAAGAGAAAAAAAAAAGAAAGAAACUUAAGCCAAUCUGCACUUCUCGUCCGACGCCGCGGAUCCGUCGCAAAAAACCGACGAGGAACAAAAAAAAAAACAACAAAAUAAACAGAAAUAAAGCAAAUAAAGCAGCUGAGGACGCGUCAUGGCAGAAGGAUUCAACGCAAAACACACACAACUCGACAGCAAAGAAAAACACAAUCCAGAAUCAUGCUGCCUGAAUCUAACCUUUCAGUUUCUCUCACUUCCUUCCCUCCUUCCUUCCCUCCUUCCUUCCUUCCUUCCUUCCUUCUUUCUCUUGAUCUCUUUCUUUUGUCGUCCUGCACACCAUCAAACACACCUGUGAUGAACAACGAAAAAAAAAAAAGAAAAAGAUAAAUAGCCUUUUAUUCAACGCAUAACUACAUGUUGGCUCCGUAGGCUUAGUUUGAAUCUAGUUCCAUUCCGACAAAAAGAAUAAUAGUUAAAAACAAGAUAUGAGCUUCUUUAUGUAUCGCUUCUGCCGCCGUAGUGUCCUGGUCAGAUUUAAAGAUGAUAAGACUACAUAUAUCUGAAAUACUGUAUUUACAAAUGCAUACCAGGGCUGGCCUCAACAAGCAGACAGCGGGGGGCGAUGGGGGGGGUUACUCAGCUCCAUCCAGCAGUUUUAACCUUUUAUUUCUCUCUUUGCUUCAUGUUUUUCUUUUUGUGUGUGUGUGUGUGUGUGUGUGUUUUUGUUUUUAACUCGUAGCUUCAGUACCGCUCUCUCCGGCAGAGCCUCCUGGUGCACGCACGGCCUUAGAAAGCUUCCAAGAGAAUUUUAUUUUUGCAAGUGUAAAGUUUUAAUUGAAUAUUUUUCUGACGAAUGAAUUGUUGAAUGUAUUUUUGGGGGUUUUUUAAAUGUCUGAAUGUUGGAAUAGGAAGAGGAAGAGAACCGAGCACGCUGGGGAAACUUAGCUUAUUAACAACCUUUAACUAAUUCAUCUUGGUCAUUUUUGUUGGUGCAGAUUAACCUCCCGACUUUCACGUCCUUCACAAAAACCGUGAAGUGUUUGUUUUGGAGACGUGUGAGAAAAGUUUCUCGAGGAGCUAAAAUCAUUUUCUGUGAGUUUUGAAGCUCAGCGUAGCCGCCGCCAUCUUAGCUCCUAGCUCAUUUAACAGUAGUCAAAGACUAGCUAAGUUUAGCUGAGGCUAAAGAGAGCUAGCAUCCUGUUACAGGAAACGGUUUCAGCUAACGCGGGCUAACGUAGCUCGUUAGCAAUCCAUUCGAUUUUUAGUGCAAAUGUUUCCUACAAUUUUAUAAGAAAACUUUUAGGAUUAAACAUAAAAUAAAGUCUUUUAAGCUGCCAGUUUUACUACACAGCAGUUAGCACGCUUGCUAGCCGUGUUCCUGGUUUGCUAGCAUGUUAGCGGUUAGCAGUUCGGACUAAAGGUCUCUUCCUGUUGUAAGGAGGACUUCAGAUUUAUGGACUCUGUUCGACUCGGCGUGCUCGAGUCCUUCCUCCAUUUUAUUUUAGACUUUGCUCUGUUUGCUCGUUGGGAAAUUUAUCUGUGUGCACCUGGCUUCCUCAAAAAUCUCUAAUGACACAUUUUAAAAGCUUCUGUCCAAACGUUCAUACACACCAGAUGCAAACUUCAAAUCAGAUCCGUCCUCAAAGAGCCGCCAGGUUCUUCAUCCGUCCUCAGACACGUGUAGAUCAACAGCUGCAUCUUCUCUACUUGUUCUAAGACUCGAGACAAUCAAGACGUGACAGGAGUUUUCUUUUAUUGUUAUUCUUCUUAUUUAUGGAGCGUCCCAGACAUUUAAAUCAGUCCCAGUGUUUGGACUCCUCGUGCUGGACUUUAACUUAAAUCCAUGUGAACGUUCUUCAAUGCAAACAUCGACAUGCUGUAGGUACUGACAGGGUUUCUUUCACGCUGCAGAAAGAAGUCAAAUGAAAGGAGGUAAAUGCUGCAAAGCUUCUGCAAAACGGUCUAAAAGUCAGGUUUAGAUUUUCUACACGUCUUUUAUGAGGACGGCGUCCGGCGUCUUUAUUUUUGGGAAAACCAGGUGCUUUAAAUGUCUUUUAAAUGGGGGUUGAGGCCAGUCCUGCUUCAUAACUGAGGUUCUGCUUCUUCUACUACUGCUACUAUCAAACAACCAGCCCCGGGCUCGCAGACGGGCCUCAGCACCGGGUCAGACCAGGUCCACUUCAGAUCCACUUCAGAUCCACUUCAGAUCCAGUUCAGCCCGACUCUGAAUACCAGCACCUUAGAACCGAUGAGGAGCACCAGCUUGUUUCUGUUUCUGUUUGUUAGCGACGAGCUCGUGGCCUGAAGCAGGUUUUAGUUUAAAAGCCGUGGAUCUUUGGUUUGACUCCGUGUCUGAGUCCGGUUUGUGUCGCCGGGUCAAAAACAACCUGUUGAUGUCUGCUGUAUUUCAAUAAACAGCCUUUUUCAAAGGGUCAA